AUGUUUUUCCCACAUAGAGAAAGAAAAGCCCAGAAAUUACUUCUACAGUCUUCAAAUCAUUUUAUGCAGGUGCCAACAUGGCUGCCCCCUCACCUGUGUGAUAAAUACAGGCCACAAGCCUUUGCAGACAAAGGGUAUAACACCGUGGAUGGGAUCCUGGAUUGCACCGAGAUCUACAUAGAGACUCCAUCUUCAUUUCGAGUGCAGAGUGAAACAUACUCGACAUACAAGAAACACAAUACUGCAAAGGGAUUGAUUGUCUGUAGCCCUAACGGGUUCGUCACCUUUGUGUCGGACCUUGCACCUGGCAGGCUGUCCGACAAGGCACUUACGAAGGCUUGCGGUGUAUUGGACAAGUUCACCCCUGAACGCAGCGUCAUGGCGGACAGGGGCUUCACAAUAUCGGAAGAAUGCAAGCAGCGCUCACUCCACCUGAAUAUUCCGCCAUUUAUGGAAGGGCGACCCCAGCUCUCGGAAGAGGAUGAGCAGGAAACAAGGCACAUUGCAAGCGUCCGUAUACACGUCGAGAGAGUUAUCAGAAGGGUAAAAAAUUUCAGAAUGCUCUCGCAGAUUUUUCCAAACAGCAUGUCUGAGCAGCUCAACAAGGUGUGGCACGUUUGUGCUCUUUUGACAAACUUUGUUGAUGAGCCCUUGUUGUAG